UCACAAAAACUGUUGAAAUGGGCCGAUUCGGCUCAAAUAGCACAGUCAUAAAAAUCUUUUGACCUUAAGAAUCACUUUCUUUCACAGUCUUAGCGUUUCCCGCCAUGGAUGCCGUGGAAGUCGACACAGAGAACAACCUCCAAAGAAAACAAUCCCUCUAUCAAUCCUUCGAUGAGACGUUUGAGAUUCAUAAGGAGAACUAUAGGGGUCAGCAGUACAGCCAAAUAUACUUUGCUCGCCUCCACGUGAUGAGAACACUUCUUUACUCUCUUAUUCCAUCUUGGAAAUCUCAUUUGCCCGUCUGUACAGUUUUGGGACUGGAAGAAGGCAAAGAAUGCAUCAUUGUAGGAACUCUCUACAAACAUAUGAAGCUCAAACCUUGUAUUCUUGACGAGUACUCCAAGGAGAGAUCUGCAAUCCCUCUUGUUAAGCCUCAUAACUUUACACACCCAGAUGAUCAAUUGGUUCUGGAAGAUGAGAGUGGAAGAGUUAAGCUCACUGGAACUGUACUAUUACCUUCUGUAUUUGUGACAGGGACUGUGGUUGCGUUACAUGGAAAGGAAACUGGUGCUGGGGAUUUUUUGGUCGAAGAUAUCCUAGAAGCUGGCCUACCACACCAGACAGAGUUGCCACUUAAUUCAGAAGAAGACAAGUAUGUUGUUUUCAUAUCGGGUUUGAGCAUCGGGAACUGUUCUUCUAACCCUCUCCAAUUUCAGCUUCUUGUUGAUCACAUAACAGGACAUCUAGGAGAUGAGAAGGAACAAAGUAUUGCAGCUCAAAUAGUUCAAGUAGUUAUUGCUGGGAAUUCUGUUGAAAUUCCUCAUGGAUUACUUAAUGGUCAGAAUUUGGCUUCAAAGGAUCAAUCAAGAUUGUCCGAGCCAAUUAAAGAGUUGGAUAUCUUCUUGACUCAGAUUGCUGCGGGGGUACCUUUGGAUAUCAUGGCAGGACCCAAUGACCCGGCAAAUUUCGCCUUACCGCAGCAGCCUUUGCAUAGAUGCCUUUUCCCUGGAUCAUCAGCUUAUAACACUUUUAGGUCCUGCCAUAAUCCUCAUUCCUUUGACCUCGACAAUGUCAGAUUUCUUGGAACAUCUGGUCAGAACAUUGAUGAUCUUGAGAAGUAUUCAGAGGCAAAAGAUAAACUUGAAUUUAUGGAAAGGACAUUGAGGUGGAGGCAUCUAGCACCAACAUCACCUAAUACCCUUGGGUGCUAUCCCUUCACUGAUAGGGAUCCUUUCUUCAUCGAGAGCUGUCCUCAUGUUUACUUUGUUGGUAAUCAGGACAAAUACGAGACUCGCUUGAUAAAGGGAUCAGAGGGGCAGGUGGUAAGACUCGUCUGCAUUCCUAGAUUUGCUGAGACCGGAGUUGCUGUAGUGUUAAACAUGAGAAAUCUUGAAUGCCAUGCUCUCAGGUUUGGGACUCAGUUCAGCUCAUAACUACUAGGAGGUGUACUAGCUUCCCAACAAAUAGCUUAGCUCAAACACAAAUUUUAACUUCAAACAGAAGCAAAUUCAGGUCGCACCCAAGUUUAUUUAACUUCAAAGAGGAGCUGGCAUUGGUGCAUUUAUCCACAUUAGCACAGCCAUGUUCGUGAGGAUUUGCACGAAGAGAAAUGCAAAUGCAAAGAGAUGAAAGUGUGGCCCGAGAUUGAGCAGGUCUUUUUUUUCUUCUUUUUAUUACCCCAAAAUGUUUGGUGAUAGGACUUCGUGUUGAAAUGGCUUUUCCAUGUAUUAAUCAUUUUAAAUUCCAUCGAAAUUGAAUUUUAUGAACAAAUAUUAAUCGUCUAAUUUUAUUGACAAUUAAUUUAUGGGUUUGUCUUUCAAUGUACCAUGCUAAUACGGAACUAUUCCAUUUUCCUUUAAUUUGAUAUACUUGUGACCAGUGUGUGAUAUGCGCGUGUUUGUUAAGAUUUGCGCAUUGAUUAUGUUAAGAUGUGCUCAUGAAUUGUUUAUCGCCAUCAAAAUCUCAGGUGAAUGUCCAAUAAUUCUUGAAGUUCUCAAGGUUACCAAAUUUUGGCCAAUAUCCAGAAGCAUCGCUAGUUUAUGCCGUGUAUAUUUUCAGCAAAGCCGAGUGUGUUACUUUUGUGUGUUUGUUUGUUUGUUUUUAUUUAUUUAUUGUAAAGACCCCUGUUCAUAGAGAUUAAGGCACUGGCGACAAUGAUGAAGAGAUACGAAUCAUAUCAAGAAUAUUAAACAAUUAAAAUAUCAUCAAAUAAUGUUAGCAAUAAAAUAAAUAAAUAUAUAUGAAAACAGAAAAGAAAAGAAAAGAAAGAAACUUAGAUUUUUCAUAUCAUGAUGUUUUGAGCAGUUGCGAUUAUCUCUUAUUUGCGAAAAAAAGAAAAAAGAUUAUGUCUUAUUUAAUUGCCCAUUUGCUGUUAUUGUGGUAUUCACUAUUCACCUAGCCCAUUGAAUAAUUACAACCGUCCUUUCAACGUGCAAAAUAAUAUUUUAUACAACUAAAAUGCUGACUUUUUUAUUUUGAUUUAUCGGAGCUAAAAUAAAAAGUAAAAUCAUAUUCAGUAAUUUCUAGUGUUCUUAAAAUUUUAAAAGCAAAAAAGAAAGGAAAAAAAAAAAAACAGAA